UUCUCGAUCUGGUGUCAUCCAUUAGACCGUUGGGACUAUCAGACCGCCCAUCGUCUUGCUUAGACCAAAGACCAAAAACCAAAACCACAGUUCACAAACCACUUCCUGUCUAUCCCUAUUGCGCACAAAACCCUAACCUGCGACUUUCUCUGCCUUCUCAUUUCUUCGGUCCCAUUUAUUCUUCAUUCUCCCUCGCCCUGAAACCCAUCCUUACUCCUACGUCCCUCUCGCCCAGCAGCGCUAGGUCGAGACUUCAGAGUAGCGGCGACUGGCGCUAGGUGUAGAGCAACGGCAGGCAGCGGGACACAUCACAACAAUUCCUGACCUCCUCGAACGGCAGUGAACACUCCGACCAGAGUCACCUGCGGAAAUAGAAUAUGAUGGAGAUUACCUUAGCCUUUGCUGCUGAUAGUCCUCCACUUUCAGUCAUUACUGCGGCAAAGAUUGGUGGAAUUUUGGUAACAACUGAUUCCAGCCUUCCAUCUGGCUCUACACCAUUUUUUCAGUUUGCUUGUGGCUUGAAAUUGCAUGGUGCCACUGUACUUCUACGGUAUCUUGGUCGAGUGGCAGCUAUUCCCAAUUUCUACGGGCAAGAUGCAUUAGAAGCAGGCCAGAUCGAUGAAUGGCUAGAGUAUGCCUCUAUCUUUUCUCGUGGUUCUGAAUUUGAGAGUGGCUGCACCUAUGUUGAUGAGUUUCUAUUGUUGAGGACUUUCUUGGUUGGUAGUAGCCUGUCUGUCGCAGAUAUAGCUAUCUGGGCUGGUCUUGCAGGUAAAUGUUUGUUUGCAUCCAUUAGGCAGCACUUCUGUUAUCAUUUCCUGCAAAUUGAGUACAUUUAUGUUUAUGACAAUCUGAUGUGUGGGGCUUCGAAAAAUCUCAAUCUCAUGGAGUGGGACAAACUGUGGACCAUUAAUAAGAAGAUAAUUGAUCCAGUAUGUCCUAGGCAUACCGCAGUUGUUGAAGAAAAGCGGGUGACAUUGACCCUUGCGGAUGGUCCUGAGAAACCAGUUGUCCGUAUAAUAGCUAGGCAUAAGAAAUAUGAAGGGGCUGGAAGCAAAGCUACAACGUACACAAAGAGAGUAUGGAUAGAUCAUGCUGAUGCAGUCUGUGUCUCACAGGGUGAGGAGAUAACUUUAAUGGAUUGGGGGAAUGCAAUAAUUAAAGAAAUUGUAAAGGACCAAGAUGGAAAUAUCACUGAAUUGGUUGGAGCUUUGCACCUUGAAGGCUCUGUUAAGACCACAAAGUUGAAGCUUACAUGGCUACCUGUAAUAGAUGAGCUUGUCAAUCUAUCCUUGCUUGAGUUUGAUUAUUUGAUCACCAAGAAGAAGCUUGAAGAAGGGGAGGAUUUUCUUGAUGUUCUUAACCCUUGUACGAAAAAGGAAACUGCUGCACUUGGGGAUUCCAACAUGCGCAAUCUGAAGCGUGGGGAGAUAAUACAACUGGAGAGGAAGGGCUAUUUCAGGUGUGAUGCUCCAUUUAUUAGAUCUUCAAAGCCUAUAGUUUUGUUUGCAAUUCCAGAUGGAAGGCAACAAACAUCACUCAGAUGAGGCCAUUUCUCAAUUGCCCCUCUUUCUAAAGGGCUUUUAGCUGAUGGAUUGGCUAAUGCUUGGGUGACCUCUUGUUUCACUGGUUGGAAAGAGGGAGCGUUCAUAUAUUUUUGGCACAAGGCAUCCUAAUGAGGCCAUUUCUCAAUUGCCUCCUCAUUUAGCAAGAUGAGACUCUUAUCUUUUAUAUGGGCGUUGCCACUUUCAUGUUUUAGUCCGACAAUUUUUGUUACUCUUGAUUACUAGUUUAUCUCUUUUCUGUUUCUGUUACUCUUGGCACUUGCUUCCCUUGGAUUUUCAUCUAGUGAUUUGUGACAUGGUUUCAGUGUUA